GACAUGUAGCUGCACGUAGCAUCUCUGAUGGUUUGUGGGUUCUUAUAGUAUCAAGAAGUGGAACCCAUUUCAAUAAGAUCAAUCAAGUUGUCAUUGCUUGAAACCGUCCGUGUUGGGUGGGUCUCAACUGAAAUCUUGUGGGCCCUGUGACCUCUGCUGCAGACCAUUGCCGACUACCAUAGCAUCUUUGGUUAAAACAAAUAGUAGACUAGAACAAAUAGUAGACAAACACACAUGAUGUCUUGUAUCCAUCGUUACAACAAUGUUCAAGAAAAUACAUUGGUUUUUCCGGCUUAUGAAUAGGAAUGGAAAAACUAAUAAAAUAAAGCUUAAGCCGGCUUAUGCAGAGAAGCCUAUAAAAGCCCCACAAAUCGCUCAUUCUGCUCAAUACAUCCAGAAGAAGCAAUGGCAGUUUCCAAGGACAUGAAACUCUUGCUCUUCUAUGUAACCGGAUUCAGCCUCCUCUUUGGUUCAUUCUGCAACGGCAAGGUUAUGAUGGAGUACAUUGGGGCCACUGGAGUUGCAGUGACGUUCGACCAGGUCCCGGUGGAAGACGCCAUCGACUUCCAUUUCAUCCUCAGCUUUGCGAUCGAUGUAGACCCCUUAUGUGAGCCUCAGAAUGGCAAAUUCUCACCUUACUGGAUCACCAGCCUCACACCUGAAUCCGUUGCGGCCAUCAAACAGAGCCACCCCAAUGUAAAGGCCCUCGCCAGCCUAUGCGGCUGGAGCCUAGGCAACAAAAUCCUCUCCUGGUACAACCCGAAUGACACUGGCUUGUGGAUUUCAAAUGCAUUCGACUCGCUCAGAUCACUGGCCACUACAUACCACCUUGAUGGCAUUGACAUAGACUACGAAAACUUCCCGAAACAUAACUCCAGCUUUGCCUACUGCAUUGGUGAGCUGAUCACCAGGCUCAAGAACGAAGCUGUGAUCACACUAGCAACAAUUGCACCGUAUUACAAGACGGUCGGGCCGUACAUUGAGCUCUACAACGGAUAUGCGGACGUGAUCGACUACGUGAAUCACCAGUUCUAUACAGAUAAAGUUAGGAGGCCUGAGGGGUACUUGGAGGCAUUUAAGCUAAGGGCUACUCAAUUCCAUGCAGACAAGCUAUUGCCUAGCUAUGAGGUGAAUGGGAGAGGGAUUCAAGGAGAAGCAUUUUUUGAGGCCUUGAAGCUGUUGGAGAAGAGUGGUUUUGAGGUGAAUGGUGUGAUGAUUUUCUCAGCCGAUGCUUCUGUCUCUAAUGGGUUUCAUUAUGAGAGGGAAUCACAAGCUUUCUUGCUCAAUUCUACUAGCAUUUGAUGUGUUUUUGUUAGGGGAGGUUGAUUGUACAAGUAAACAGGUCUUAUUUCCUGAUUAUAAAUGAUUUUUUUUAUUCAUUUAGAGACUGUUUGGAUAUAGUGGAAAGCAUAGGAAAAGAAAUGUAUUUCUUGGGAAACCUUAUUUUCAGGAAAUUAUCGGAACUGAAACAUUAUUUUUUAUUA